AUGGCGAAAGCCCAAGAUUAUGUAGAAAACAAUUUUCCUAAAGAUAGCAAAGUAAUAAAUGCUGCUAAUAAGAAUCUAGUUGGUUCAUUAGAUUUAAGAAAAUACUCGAACUUAGAAGAAUUAAAUAUUAGGGAAAAUCAAAUAACUAAUUUAAUUUUUUCUGAUA